AUUUUAUUUGAGAAAUGUUUGGUAAAGUUAUGAGUUUUUGAAUAUUGCUGUUUUUGGAUCUCGAAAUCACAUGCUACGUUGCACAAAAACGGCGCAGGACUCGUCUGUUCGUUUGCCUUUGAGCUGGAUCUGGGAGGAAUCACGUACAUGUGUACCAAAAGCCUAUACCGGGAAAUUAGUUUCGAAUGUUCCAUAGUUGAAGUACUAUGUAAGUGCCCAGGUAAACAUGGGAGGAUACUCACGCGGAAAAAGAAAGCCCGAUACUCAUGUAUUGGUAUUGUGACCCCUUUAUAACCGCUCCGUGUUUUCGACGCAUCCCUUGAUUUCUUUUCUCUUCAUCGCCACGACAGACCGUUGAGCUACCUAGGUUAAUACAAUAAUACGAGGAUAAUAUGUUUUGGCUGUCAUUACUCCUGGCGGCUGGCGCCGUAAGCGCCGGCUACGUCCCGGCCUUGCAGGUACCCGCAUGCUCGGCUGGCACAGGCAGCGUCGAGUACAGCAAGUCAGUGCCCGAGCAGGUCGCCUUCCCCAGAACGCAAGUCGACCUCUGCUACGACGACAGCUUUAUCCACAUCACCUUCCGCGCACUGGAGGAGACGAACUUCUACUACAACGAGAGCCAGACGACGAACGAGGGCAUCUGGCAGUACGAGGCCAUGGAGGCCUUCAUCUACCACGGAACCAACGACCCGCAGUCCUACCUGGAGUUCGAGGUAAACCCAAACAACGUGACGUUCCAGGCGUGGAUUUACAACCCGUCCAAGGUGCGCGCGGCGGGCGCUCCGCUCGACACCUCUUUCUUGACUACGCCCAUCGUGGACGGCUUGACCACGGAGACGACCCUGGAUAGGGAAGCGCAGACUUGGGUGACGGAUGCCAAGAUCCCUCUAGGACUCUUCAACGUCGACGUGGGUAAGGCGGCCGGGACGCAGUGGAGAAUGAACUUCUUCCGUAUCGUUGUCUCGCCAGACACGUUCCCAGACCAACUACUAGGCGCCUGGAAUCCGACGAAUGAAACGAACUUUCAUAUGACGCCCUUCUUCGGUAACGUCGACUUCGUGUAGGGGGAAAUGAUUCGGUAAAGAGGAUUGCAUAGUUAUUUGGGAUAAUGAAUUAAUUUAAUAUGGGUUGAUACCCUACAUGAUA